AUGUCUUUUGUUAACCCUUUACCAUCCCUCCUUGCCUUUGUCACGCAAUACAUUCAUUCAAACCCGUUCGAGCUCAAAUCGAUCAGUAUCUUCAUUAAAUUCACUUUCUUCUUCAUUGUCAUUAAAGGCAAGUCCUCUCUCUCUUUCUUUUUUUUUUUUUACCUUUUCUUAAUUUUUCUCAUCGCCUUCAACCUUUUUUCUUUUUUCCUCACAUUUCUUCUUCCUCUUCGCAUUUUCUUCUUCCUCUAUAUAUUUCUUCUUCCUCUUCACAUUUUCUUCUUCCUCUAUAUAUUUCUUCUUCCUCUAUACAUUUCUUCUUCCUCUUCACAUUUUCUUCUUCCUCUAUAUAUUUCUUCUUCCUUUUCACAUUGUCCUCUUCCUCUAUAUAUUUCUUCUUCCUCUUCACAUUUUCUUCUUCCUCUAUACAUUUCUUCUUCCUCUAUACAUUUCUUCUUCCUCUUCAUAUUUUCCACUUCCUCUAUACAUUUCUUCUUCCUCUUCACAUUUUCUUCUUCCUCUAUACAUUUCUUCUUCCUCUAUACAUUUCUUCUUCCUCUUCACAUUUUCCUCUUCCUCUAUACAUUUCUUCUUCCUCUUCACAUUUUCUUCUUCCUCUAUACAUUUCUUCUUCCUCUAUACAUUUCUUCUUCCUCUUCACAUUUUCCUCUUCCUCUAUACAUUUCUUCUUCCUCUUCACAUUUUCUUCUUCCUCUAUACAUUUCUUCUUCCUCUAUACAUUUCUUCAUCGUCUUCACAUUUUCCUCUUCCUCUAUACAUUUCUUCUUCCUCUUCACAUUUUCUUCUUCUCUAUACAUUUCUUCUUCCUCUAUACAUUUUUCUUCUUCCUCUUCACAUUUUCCUCUUCCUCUAUACAUUUCUUCUUCCUCUUCCUCUAUACAUUUCUUCUUCCUCUUCACAUUUUCCUCUUCCUCUAUACAUUUCUUCUUCCUCUUCACAUUUUCUUCUUCCUCUAUACAAUUCUUCUUCCUCAAUACAUUUCUUCUUCCUCUAUACAUUUCUUCUUCCUCUUCACAUUUUCCUCUUCCUCUAUACAUUUCUUCUUCCUCUUCACAUUUUCCUCUUCCUCUAUACAUUUCUUCUUCCUCUUCACAUUUUCUUCUUCCUCUAUACAUUUCUUCUUCCUCUUCACAUUUUACUCUUCCUCUAUAUAUUUCUUCUUCCUCUAUACAUUUCUUCUUCCUCUUCACAUUUUCUUCUUCCUCUAUAUAUUUCUUCUUCCUCUUCAUUUCUUCCUCUAUAUAUUUCUUCUUCCUCUUCACAUUUUUCUUCUCUUCUUCCUCAAUACAUUUCUUCUUCCUCUUCACAUUUUCUUCUUCCUCUAUACAUUUCUUCUUCCUCUAUACAUUUCUUCUUCCUCUUCACAUUUUUCUUCCUCUAUAUAUUUCUUCUUCCUCUAUACAUUUCUUCUUCCUCUUCACAUUUUCUUCUUCCUCUAUACAUUUCUUCUUCCUCUUCACAUUUUUCUUCUUCCUCUAUACAUUUCUUCUUCCUCUUCUACAUUUUCUUCUUCCUCUACAUUUCCUUCUUCCUCUUCACAUUUUCCUCUUCCUCUAUAUAUUUCUUCUUCCUCUAUACAUUUCUUCUUCCUCUUCACAUUUUCUUCUUCCUCUAUACAUUUCUUCUUCCUCGAUACAUUUCUUCCUCCUUCUUCCUCUUCAUUUUCUUCUUCCUCUAUACAUUUCUUCUUCCUCUUCACAUUUUCCUCUUCCUCUAUAUAUUUCUUCUUCCUCUAUACAUUUCUUCUUCCUCUUCACAUUUUCUUCUUCCUCUAUACAUUCUUCUUCCUCAAUACAUUUCUUCUUCCUCUAUUUCAUUUCUUCUUCCUCUUCAUUUUCCUCUUCCUCUAUAUUUCUUCUUCCUCUUCAUUUCUUUUUUCCUCUAUUAUUUCUUCUUCCUCUUCACAUUUUCCUCUUCCUCGAUACAUUUCUUCUUCCUCUUCACAUUUUCCUCUUCCUCUAUACAUUUCUUCUUCCUCUUCACAUUUUCUUCUUCCUCUAUACAUUUCUUCUUCCUCUAUACAUUUCUUCUUCCUCUUCACAUUUUCUUCUUCCUCUAUACAUUUCUUCUUCCUCUUCACAUUUUCUUCUUCCUCUAUAUAUUUCUUCUUCCUCUUCACAUUUUCUUCUUCCUCUAUACAUUUCUUCUAUCUCUUCACGUUUCUUCUUCUGUGUCACAUUUCUUCUUUCUCUUUGCAUUUCUUCUUCUGCGUCACAUUUCUUCUUCACAUUUUCACCUCGCUCUUCACAUUUCUUUUUCCUCUUCACAUUUCUUCUUUUUACAUUUCUUCUUCACAUUUCUUUUUCUUUUUCAUAUUUCUUCUUUCUUUGCGCGUUUCUUUUUCUUCUUUUCCAUAUUUAUAGUACUUUUCUUCUUGUUCUUCAUCUUCAAAUUUCUUCGUUUUCACACUUUUUCAUUCACACACACAUUUCUUCUUCACAUCUUCUUUUGCCUUGUGGAUGCAACAUCUAUCCGGGAUGGCAUUGUGAGCCAUUUUGGUUGCGUCACUCUCUAUCUCUAUCUCAUUCUCUCUCUCUCUCUCUUUCUCUCUCUAUCUCAUUCUCUCUCUCUCUCUCUCUUUACUCUUUUUCUCUCUUCUCUUUCUCUCUCUAA